AUGGCAGGCAAUGACAGCGACAGGGAGGCCGACAUGUUCGCCAUCCCCGAAUUUUGGCCCUCGUCGAAAUGGCUUAGAGAGCUUCCUCGCGAUGAGUCCGCGCCAUUCUUUUCCACAAGAAUUCGCAGCAUCUCCGACGUCUCGGACUCCAAUCUAGUAAAUUUCAAACUAGCAACUCCCAGCCAAGAUGGCUUCUUCAAGCUUCCAGCCAUUGAAAAGGGGAAUGAGAAGAUUGCAUUGAACAACACAGAUCCUGAUGAAGUUGAGAACCAAGUAGCAGCAAGUACCACAGAUUCGGAUUCCGACAGCGACAUUUGGAUGUCGCGUGAGUCUUUGGUUUCCCACUCUGCGGCACUCAAAACCUGGCAGGGUUUUCUACAACAAACUCCGGCCAUUGGAGAAGCGCCUCUUCUGCUCAGUGAAGCUGGCACGGCUGCUUAUGACGCACUGCUAGCCUGGAAAGACGACCCUCUCAAUCUAGGAAAUGUUGAUACGCCAGUAGUAGAUCCAAAUGCAUAUUCUGCAGCUCUGUUAGCACUGGCACUUGGCCGGGAGUCAGUAUUUUUCCUAAAAUCUGAAACUCAUCCUACCUUUCGCCCAGCCCUCCCCAGAAUCAGAGCGCCAGGGUACUCUGCCAAUAUUCUUGAUGGGGUCCAAUCGCAGUGUUUGUCAAGCGGGGAAAUGACCUUGAAGCUGAACAACUUCGUGCAAACCGUGUACAAGAAGCACAAGUCAAAAUGUGCCGUGGCUCUUGGAAGUGUUAUCAGUGAGCUUGUCCGUGUGGUCCAAGAGAAUGCAAUCUUGGACAAACGAUUGCCGCAGUCCAUCUUGCAGCUACAAUCCCUAGUCAGGGGCAUAACAGCCAUACUCAGCCCGUUUUACAACCUCAUUACCAGCCUCCCUCGGAAUUGCGGCGAUGAACAAGUCAUAACAUGUGUAUUUGACUAUGCUUGCUCAGCUGACAACGGCGAGCAGUGGUUACGAGAGCUCUUACAGGAAGCACUGCGCAAAAUCUCGACACCGUGGAUCGGAUUUUUGGAGGAGUGGAUAGGCACUAAAAAGGAGGAAGGGAUCCCCUUGGCUAAAUCUCUCGUCGGCCAGGCAAAAGGCUUCGUUCAAGUUGAAGCUGAAAUCACCAUGGACGACUUGGGCCAGCAGAUUGAAGAGGUCGACUUUCGUCUCAAACCAGAACGAGUCCCGCAUUUCAUUCCUGAUGAUAUAGCCCAAACCAUGUUUGAGACUGGAAAGAAUCUGCGCUUCAUCAGAUCGCACCAUCCCACUCACCCUUUGGCGAGAUCGGACAUUCUAAGUAUCAGCAAACCCCCGAGAGCCGAUUGGCUAUACGAUUGGGACUCCAUCCUGCAGCUUGAAAGCCGGGUUGAAGAGUAUCGAGAUCGACUUUUGGACUCCAUAAAGAUGGCCUCGAACAUUCAUAAUCCUAGCAAACAUGUUAUUGAGUGUUCCGACGUACCAAAAACCCCCUCUCCACUGAAUUUAUUUACAUUUGAAACGGGUGGCAUUGAGGAACGACUCCUAGCCUCAAUUGAACAUCUCAAUGCUCCUAUCGCUGGUCAUGAUUCUGUGAGCCCCUUUUAUCGGAUCAUUCGGGAGCGUCUCGGCAAUAAAAGACAGGUAGGAAGUGGUUUGCAGUCCACACCACAUUGGUCACUGCUCCCUAUAUUGUCAUUUGGCAGCAUUAUAUCUACCCAAGCCCAAGUCGUCAAUAGGGAGACUUUGACGCUUCUCUUCAGUAAGCAUGACCUUCGAGGUCAUCUCAAGCUUCAACGAGAUUUCCAACUUUUAGGGAACGGCAUGUUCUGCAGCCGGCUUUCUAAUGCUUUGUUUGAUCCCGAUCUCGAGAUUGCGGAGAGACAGCAAGGCGUCGCCCGCCAGGGGGGCAUAAUGGGCUUAAGACUUGGCGCCCGUGACACUUGGCCACCUGCAAGCUCGGAGUUGCGACUGGCGCUUAUGGGUGUAUUAUCUGAGAGUUUUAGUGCAUUGGACCCCUCUUCAGCAAAGGGAACAACGUCAAUUUCAAAGGACAAGCAAGAUCUUCCUGGCGAUUUGAGUUUUACUGUACGAGACUUGUCGGAAGAGGAGAUCGUCAAGUGCGUAAACCCAAACUCAUUGGAAGCGCUAGAUUUCUUACGUCUUUCCUAUACCACGCCACCAGAGUUAAGCUUCAUCAUCACACCGAUGAUUCUCCUACAAUAUGACCGCAUAUUCAAGCUCAUGCUACGCCUGUUACGCAUGUCAUAUGUCGUCAACAGCCUGUGGCGGCUCGUGAGCAGCCGGAUAUACUCCAUGCACAAUGCCUCAUAUCGCUUUGUGAGAGAGGCUCGACACUUUGUCUGCAGCAUCGAGUCGUAUUUUCUCGACACCGGAAUCUCCAGUGCCUGGAGUAGCUUUGAGGCCAAGCUAGACAAGAUUCAGGCUGUGCUAAGCAAUGAUGCUGAUAGAAAGUCCUAUGAGAAGCUUGAAAGCCCUGAACAACUCCGCGAGUUUCACUCGGAUGUGCUGCAAAGAAUCAUGACGGCCCUUUUCUUGAGAAAGCGGCAAGAGCCGAUACUCAAACUGUUGGAAGAGAUCUUUACCUCGGUCAUUCAGUUCUCAUACCAUCUCAGAACUCAGGGAGAUACUGAAGAUGAUGAUCGUCAGACGGCAGAGAUGUAUUCAAGAUUCAAGAAGAAAGUACAAGUAUUUAUCACCGUGUGCAGGGGGCUUGCCGAGAAGAGUCGAGCUACACAGCCCCAAAAAGACAGCAUUGGUUCAAAACAGCUAGGAUUGGGGGGCGACAGCUCGCUUUCACAAUUACUGCUGAAGCUAGAUAUCAGCGACUACUAUGUGAAGCGGCAUUCAUGA